AUGAACUCUUCAAAUUCUUCUGACAAUGUCUUCAUGAGCUCGUUUAGCUAUUUGAAUCAAACAUCACAGGGUAUAAUACCAGGAAAUUCUACCUUCGCAAACACUAUCAACUUCCCGUAUAGGCUGGGCCUAUCCUUUGUAGGGGCUGUGAGUUUACAAUACGAUCAAACCGUCAAGUCUGAAGAAAUCCCUCCUACCCUAAGAUCUGUUUUUGAUACGGUAGGCUUCUUCUUCUGUCCAUAUGCCAUUUUUUGCUUCAUAAUUGCCAUUGUUCUCAACAGAUUCGUGGUGUACUAUGCCGUUCUCACGAACGGUGCCAGACGCACUGUGCCAACGUGGUUGAUCAACGUUUUCCACGUCUCAGCAGUCGCUGUGUUAGCCUUUGUAUCAUUGGGGCCACUCAUAUUGGGUAAAGAUUAUAGCAUCUUGGGCAGCCCUUUGUUUGCCCCAGACAAAAUACUACAGUAUAUAUUCUACGCAUUCGCCUAUUCUUAUUGCGUUGAAACUAUUUUUACCAUUAUGCGUAACUCUAGCCCGCUGGAGGGUACCGACUAUUCUUUGUUUGAACUAUCGAUCCAGUUUUACACAAUGACGAGAAAUGACAUUACAUUAAUUGGUUCACCCGAUCACAUUAUAGACUAUUCAAUGGCUAUUUCAAGCAGAAUAAUAAUCCAUCUAGUAGAAAUAUUCAGGAUCAGAAAUUACCGCUUGCUUUUCAGUACUAUCCUGAACCUCUGUCAUAUUUAUUACUUGGGUAUAAGAGUCAAGCAAGAUGGAUGGAAAAGCCUUCCAUUUUCAGUAAAAUUUAGACAUUUCCCAAAAAUAUUCGCGAUCUGCAUUAUUUGCAUUUCUUUGAUAAUCUUUGAACUAUCAUGCUUAAUUAGGUGGAAUCCAUUUGGAAAGUCUAACAAUGCCUGUGAGCUUUUACAGUUUUACCCACUCAGUAGAAACUGGAAAAAGUAUUUGAAUUACACAGGCGAAGAAGAUUUUUCAGGUAUGGCCACCAAGUUUGCCCUGUUAUUAUGUUCUGGAACUGAACUGAUGGAAAAGGGUAUACGGAGAGAGCUUCCUGCUGUGAACAUUCCGGAUAAUGUUAAUGAAAGAUUCUAUAUCAGCGGCUAUUUAAACGAACUUACGCAAUCAGGCAAAGAUGACAAAACCUCUGACUUCCUGAAGCGGGGAUCAUCAAUAUCAAAGCCAAGGUUCUUCUUGAUGCUACCAAACUUCAUAUUAUAUAUAAUGAAGAAGUUGGUUGGUCAGUUAUUCUUUGUCUUCAAAAAUAAAUGGUUUACCGACGAAGACGACGACACCUCUUAUAACGAGCCAUUCAAAGUGCCGAAUACAGCUGAGAAGAACCAUGUGAAUAACGCCAAAAUUGACAGCAGCGACCACGACGAAGAUUUCGAAUUACUCAACACUAACAACGAGGACCUCUCUGGAGAUUACGAACCUUCUGAAAUUGAGUCACUCUGGGAUUCCGAUGACGAGAAUUUGGAAGAAGAAACCCUUAUCUGCAAAGAGACACAUGACGCCCUGUUGGAUUUGUUUUCUCCUGAGGAAACUGAAACUCCUGUAGAUUAUGAUUGGAUCGUUUCAACUAGUCAUAUCCUUCAACAAAAACUACUAUCGAAUAAAACUUCAACAAGAGCAUUCCUCUCAGGUUCCACACUAAAUGGAAUUAGCGAACCGUCCGGUGAAGACUGUGACUUUGAUCUAUCUUGUGCAGUGUGCAAAGUCAAUGAGAGAAAUACAAUACUAUGGCCUUGUCGAUGCUUUGCCCUGUGCGAAGAUUGUAGAAUUUCUUUAGGUUUACGUGGAUUUAGCACUUGCGUGUGUUGUAGGGGUAAAGUCCAUGGAUACUGUAAGGUUCAUCCAAUUUCAAGCCAUACGUAA